AUGACCAGCUCUUGCUGUGGCUCCACCUGCUCAAGCUGUGGCGGAGGCUGCUGCCAGCCCUGUUGCUGCCAGCCAUGCUGCUGCCGCGACCCCUGCUGCUGCCGCCCCUGCUGCUGCCAGACCACCGUGUGCCGCCCCGUGACCUGCGUGCCCCGCUGCACGCGCCCCAUCUGCGAGCCCUGCCGCCGCCCCGUCUGCUGUGACCCCUGCGGCCUGCAGGAGGGCUGCUGCCGCCCCAUCGCCUGCUGCCCCACGUCCUGCACGGCCGUGGUCUGCCGCCCCUGCUGCUGGGCCUCCACCUGCUGCCAGCCCAUCUGCGUGCAGGCCCCCUGCUGCCGGCCCCCCUGCUGCCAGCCGGCCCCCUGCCGCAGCACCUGCAGGACCUCCCCCCGCUGCUGCUGCUGCUGA